UCUUAAAUCAUCCUCUCUCUUUAAACCCCCAUCCUUCUCAAUUUUCAUUGUUCUUUCUGGUUUUAGAAGAGAGAGUGGUUGGAAAAUCAACCACACAAAGUGUCGAUUGUAGUUUGCUUUUAUUCUAUUUCCCCGCGAUUUUUGUGUCCAAAACCCCAUUCCUCUCAAAUCAUCCUCUCCCUCUCUAAACCCUCAUCCUUCUCAUUUUUUGUGUUCUUUCUGGUUUUAGAGAGAGAGUGGAUGAAAAAUAAACCAUUCAAAGUUUCGAUUGUAGUUUAGAGAGAGAAUGUGAGGAACAUCCCCAGCUCUCAAGUGGUUUCAGUCUUUUACGACCCAAACAUGAAACAUCAAGAGCCGUGCAUUAAUUUUCUCUUUCUCCUUAUGCUGGAUUCGUCGUGCUUUAUUGCUUGUUGAACUUGUUGAAGACAUGGGUUUGCGUGCUGCAAAUGAACAUUGUCGUUAUAGGAGAGCGGAAAUUACUUCUCGCAAUAAUAAGAAGCACCGUGCAUUCCACUAUAAUAGGGUAAUAACUUUUGAGCAUAAAGUUGCGCUAAGGCAUCUUUUGAACAAAUUGAUGAGAAAGCACAAAUGGAAGGAAGCAGCAGGUGUGCUUAGUUUGUACAUGCAAGGGACGCAUAAUCAUAAGGCUCCUUUCCAGAAUCGAAGGAAGUAUUCGGCCGCAUUGGAGCUUAUUAGGCAAAUCAAAGGCCCCAAGCAUGAUCUUCACAGGCUUCAGCGUAUAUAUGACUUAUGGUCACACAAGCAAAGAUUAUAUAAAUACUCUCUGUAUAAGAAUUCUUAUCUGAUUCGUUUGGAGUAUGCCUUACACUUCUUCGCUCAAGGGAACAUCCAGGAGGCAUACAAUAUUUCAAACAUACUUGUACUGAAAUCUGAAUCUAGACGCGAUCCUCUCGUAAACAUGAUCCAUGGGUUGAUUUUAUAUCACCGUUGGUAUUCUGGUAUUCCGGAAGAGUUGCACUUUAGGGCUUCUGAUGCUGACAUGCCAUUACUUUGUUUAGAGCCUGACCUCAGCAGUGCCUCUAAUGAACAGUCUGCAACAGUCAACUCUCGGAAUUCUCCAACAGUCAACACUUCAAAUCAUCAUGCUUUGGCGAAUAUUUCAGGAGGGGGAGUUGAUUGUGUGUUUGAUUCUGAUAGCUCUAUUUGUAUGGACAAAGUACCACAUGACUCCUCUGGUGGUGAAUUUCCCAAACUAGAAAUUGCUCCGAUUCUUAUGUUACAAAAUUAUGACUCUGCGGGGCAAGAGGAAAUUGGUGUUACAGAGGUUUAUUCCACUGCUGAGGAUGAAAUUUCGGAAGGAAUUUCUAUUUACGACUUGUUUCGUUUGGGACCAAGUUUGUUGCCUUUACAGUUUCAAACAUCAUUGGAAAGUGGAGAGUAUCCCAUUGUGUUGACAAAUGAUGAUCAUAAUGAAGCUGUGAAACACUUACGAAUCGCUCUAUACUCAAAGCCCCCGGUAUUGGCUGCCUUACUUCCUUUGAUACAGCUAUUGCUGCUCGGGAAUCAAGCGCAGGAGGCCUUAAUGGUGCUGAAGGAGUUUUGUCAUAAUUCAGAUUUCAUAUUACCAAAUAGAUUAAGGGUACGUCUUCUGGAGUGCUUCUGCAGAGAAAAUUCAGCUUUAAUACGUAGAUGCCAUGAGGAUGUAUUACAAAGGGAUCCGACAUCAGAAGAAUCAGUACUAUACCUUAUUGAUAUGUAUACUGAAGGGAAGUAUGAAGUACAACAGCUCUUGGAGAUGAUAGUGUUGCAUUUGGAUGCUGCAUAUGGAACAUCCUAUAUUUGGGGGCAGCUGGCCUCAUGUUUCCUGAGUCUUCAAGGUACACUUCUCUCUCAACCUGAUGUGGAUCAACUAUCGAUAAUUCAACAUGGUAGUGAAUACUGUGAACAUGCAUCUCUUUCUUUAUCUUCAAAUCCAAUUCCACAAGCAUUUGCGGGACAUGAAUCAAGAAAAGCUUGGAGGCUUCGUUGUAGAUGGUGGUCUAACCGUCACUUCAGCAGCAAGGCGUAUGUCUUGGAUGAACAAGCUGAUGGCAUGGAGCUCUUGGUGUCUAAGACCGCUUGUGCAUUGCACCUGUAUGGGGUUGAAUGUGAGUAUGUGAAGAGUGUGCUGCAUGCCCUAGAAGAGGAGACUGAAAAAAUCUCUCUACUCAAGGAGCAUUUUGAUAACUGCAUGGAAUUGCAAAAGAAACUUAACUAUUGAGUUCUGAGAAAAUGUGAAAGUACGUUUCUGGCUGAUGCCAGAUGUGGUUUUGUUGUUUCUUAUGAAUUGGUGCAUUUGUGUGUUAUACGUGCUCAUGUGCGUGUGUAGAGAGAGAGGAGAGAGAGACGGAUACUAGAUGGCCGGGAGAGGUUUGUUAAAAGGAAUGUGGCGUUGUGUGUGUAUAUAUAGAUAUAUUGGGGAAAGUUGUUUUUGC